AUGUCGUCACCUGCUAUUCACACUGAAUCAUGGACCAAGGAAGAUGAAAGUGUGCGCACCGAGGUCACUUAUGAAGACGGCCGUGAACAAGUGAGAACCUCCAACCCUACUGGUCUCUCACGCAUCCAAUCCGGCGUUGAUGUCGAGCGAGCAGAGAGGGAUUUUGCAGAGCUCAAUCGACAGUUCUCCAACAUCUCCCAGCAAACGAGGCGAUUGUCGAAACAGGCGUCGCGGCCUUCGAAACGCGCCUCCGUGCACGACCUCGAGAAGACCGGUAGCUCAAACGCAUCAUCUGAUGAUCCUUGGGAUCUAGAGACAUCUCUCCAUGGAUCUAAAGCAGCCGAGGUCGAGGCUGGAAUCAAGCCGAAGCAUAUUGGUGUCGUCUGGGAUGGUCUCACAGUACGAGGAUUCGGCGGAGUCAAGACAUUCGUACAGACGUUUCCAGAUGCCGUGAUCGGCUUUUUCAACGUGUAUGCUACAAUAAAAACUCUUCUAGGGUUUCAAAAGCAAGGUGCGGAAGUGGACAUUCUUCACAAUUUCCGAGGCGUACUUAAGCCUGGAGAAAUGGUAUUGGUUCUAGGUCGGCCCGGCUCCGGUUGUACUACGUUCUUGAAAGUCAUUACGAAUCAACGCUACGGUUACACAUCGUUUGAUGGUGAGGUAUCAUACGGACCAUUCGAUAGCAACACCUUUGCAAAACGGUUUCGCGGUGAAGCUGUCUACAACCAAGAAGAUGAUGUCCACCACCCAACCCUAACUGUUGGCCAGACACUCUCAUUCGCCCUCGACACCAAAACGCCAGGCAAGAGACCCGCUGGUGUGUCGAAAAAGGAGUUCAAGGAAAAGGUCAUACAACUAUUGCUGAAGAUGUUCAACAUUGAACAUACAGUAAACACGGUUGUCGGCAAUGCUUUCGUUCGGGGUGUCUCUGGAGGCGAGCGCAAACGAGUGAGUAUCGCAGAAAUGAUGAUCACUUCUGGCACCGUCUUAGCUUGGGACAAUACAACUCGAGGCUUGGACGCAUCUACUGCCCUAGACUUCGCAAAGUCUCUCCGGAUUAUGACCAACAUCUACAAAACAACAACAUUCGUCUCUUUGUACCAGGCAUCGGAAAAUAUCUAUGAGCAAUUCGACAAAGUCAUGGUCAUCGACGAAGGCCGCCAAGUCUUCUUUGGACCUACGACUGAAGCAAGAGCCUAUUUUGAAGGACUUGGUUUCAUGCCGAAACCUCGACAGACAACGCCUGAUUAUUUGACCGGUUGCACUGACCCGUUUGAAAGGGAAUACCAAGAUGGCCGCAACUCUGACAAUGUGCCGUCCACGCCAGAUGCUUUGGUAAAGGCUUUCGAUGAGUCCAAGUACCGCACAUUGCUUGACCAGGAAAUUGCAGCAUAUCGUACACAAAUCCAAGAAGAAAAGCAUGUUUACGAAGAAUUCGAGCUUGCUCACCAGGAAGCCAAACGCAAGCACACCGCUAAAUCUUCGGUUUACUCGAUCCCCUUUUAUCUUCAGAUUUGGGCCCUGAUGAAACGUCAGUUUCUUGUAAAGUGGCAGGACAAAUUCACUUUGACUGUCUCUUGGGCUACAUCUAUUAUCACGGCUAUUGUUUUAGGAACGGUUUGGUACAAAUUGCCAACUAACAGUUCAGGCGCAUUCACUCGAGGUGGACUGUUGUUCAUAUCCCUACUUUUCAACGCUUUCCAAGCUUUCGCAGAGCUAGGUUCAACUAUGCUUGGUCGUCCGAUUGUGAACAAGCAUAAAGCCUAUACAUUCCACCGUCCAAGUGCCUUAUGGAUCGCUCAAAUCCUGGUCGAUACUGCUUUUGCUGCUGUGCAAAUCUUGGUUUUCAGUAUCAUUGUCUACUUCAUGUGCGGUCUAGUCCUCGACGCCGGAGCCUUCUUCACAUUCGUCCUCAUCAUCAUAACCGGAUAUCUCUCCAUGACUUUGUUCUUCCGAACAAUUGGCUGUUUGUGCCCUGAUUUUGACUAUGCGAUGAAAUUUGCAGCCGUCAUCAUUACGCUGUAUGUUCUUACCGCUGGCUAUCUUAUCCAGUAUCAGAGCGAGCAAGUCUGGUUGCGUUGGAUCUUUUACAUCAAUGCCCUCGGUUUAGGAUUUGCCGCUUUGAUGGUGAAUGAGUUCAAACGAAUUACUUUGACUUGCUCCACCUCGUCUCUGGUACCCUCUUAUGGUGACAUCGCUCAUCAAACAUGUACUCUCCAAGGAAGUUCCCCCGGUUCAGACAUCAUUCCAGGUUCCGCCUAUCUCAGUGCCGGCUUCAGUUACGAGACCGGAGAUCUUUGGCGUAACUUUGGAAUCAUUGUGGCAUUGAUUGCUUUCUUCUUGUUCACCAAUGCUUAUUUGGGAGAAUCCGUGAACUGGGGUGCAGGCGGUAGAACUAUUACCUUCUAUCAGAAAGAGAACGCCGAGCGGAAGAAGCUGAACGAGGAACUGAUGGCUAAAAAGCAGAGACGUCAGAAUAAAGAGGCAGUCGAUUCUUCCUCAAAUCUGAAUAUCACCUCAAAAGCCGUGCUAACCUGGGAGGAUGUUAAUUAUGAUGUACCAGUACCAUCUGGCACCCGUCGAUUACUCAACUCGGUCUAUGGCUAUGUCCAGCCGGGCAAGCUGACCGCUUUGAUGGGCGCAUCUGGGGCCGGAAAAACAACGCUGUUGGACGUGUUGGCUGCCCGUAAAAGUAUUGGCGUUAUCACGGGAGAUAUUCUAGUUGAUGGCCAUAGGCCUGGGGCAUCUUUCCAGCGUGGUACCUCUUACGCAGAACAGCUAGACGUGCACGAGCCUACUCAGACUGUACGUGAAGCGUUGCGCUUCUCCGCUGAACUUCGUCAACCUUAUCACGUGCCAUUAGAAGAGAAACAUGCUUACGUUGAGGAAAUCAUAUCUCUGUUGGAAUUAGAGACAUUGGCAGAUGCAGUUAUUGGAUUUCCAGAAAUUGGGUUAUCUGUGGAGGAGCGUAAACGAGUGACCAUUGGUGUGGAGCUUGCCGCCAAACCUGAGCUCUUACUGUUUUUGGACGAGCCCACGUCAGGUCUUGACAGCCAGUCUGCCUUUAAUAUCGUACGGUUCCUGCGCAAACUAGCCGCAGCUGGUCAAGCCAUUCUUUGCACGAUUCACCAACCCAACUCGGCCUUGUUUUCAAGCUUUGACCGAUUGCUCCUGUUACAGAAGGGCGGCAAUUGCGUUUACUUUGGUGAUAUUGGUGAAGACAGUCGUGUCCUGAUCGAUUAUUUCCGGCGCAACGGAGCCGAAUGUCCUCCAAACGCAAAUCCCGCUGAAUGGAUGCUUGACGCUAUUGGUGCUGGCCAAACUCCACGAAUUGGGGAUCGUGAUUGGGGCGAUAUAUGGCGCGAAUCUCCCGAACUGGCUCAAAUCAAGGAAGAUAUUACGAAAAUGAAGAAUGAACGUUCAGCACAGAACAGUUCGAGUGGGAGCUCUUCUCAAGAGGUCGAGUACGCAACGCCUACCUGGUAUCAGAUCAAAACUGUCGUUCGACGGACGAACUUGUCCUUCUGGCGAUCACCGAAUUACGGAUUUACCAGGUUAUUUGUCCACGCGGUUAUUGCACUUCUCACCGGUCUGAUGUUUCUCCAGUUAGACGAUUCACGGUCUUCUCUUCAGUACCGUGUUUUCGUUUUGUUCCAGAUAACCGUCAUUCCGGCCAUCAUCAUCCAACAAGUGGAGCCCAAGUAUGAGUUUUCACGACUGAUCUCUUAUCGGGAGUCUGCAUCGAAGACCUAUAAAUCGCUUGCGUUUGCAAUUGCUAUGGUAGUGGCUGAAGUUCCGUACAGUUUACUCUGCACGGUUGCUUUCUUCUUGCCCAUCUACUAUAUCCCAGGCUUCCAGAGUGCCUCAGACCGUGCCGGAUAUCAGUUUCUUAUGGUUCUUAUCACCGAGUUCUUCGCAGUCACAUUGGGCCAGAUGGUUGCAGCAAUCACGCCAAGUUCGUAUAUCUCCGCACAACUCAAUCCUCCUCUGAUCAUCACCUUUGCGCUGUUCUGUGGCGUAGCCAUUCCCAAACCUCAGAUUCCCAAGUUCUGGAGAGCAUGGUUGUAUCAGCUUGACCCAUUCACCCGUCUAAUUGGUGGUAUGUUGGUGACGGAGCUACAUGAUCGUGAAGUCGUCUGCAAAAACGCGGAACUCAAUACCUUUUCUGCGCCUGAUGGUCAAACUUGUGGUGAAUAUAUGGCUCCUUACUUUGCAGCGGGCGCUCCGGGCUACCUUGUCAAUAAUGCAACAAGCGCUUGUCAAUACUGUGCUUACAAGGUUGGAGAUCAGUUUUAUGAAGCCUUUGACUUAAGUUAUAAUAAUCGCUGGAGAGAUUUGGGUAUCUUUGCUUGCUUCAUCGUCAGCAACAUCGUCAUUCUUUUCCUCGGGGCGCGAUACCUGAACUUCAACAAGCGUUAAGCCAUGUUUUGCAUUUCCAAUAGAGAAAGAAGAAGUGGAACUAGAUUAAAUAGAGAAUAGAGACCCUUUCAUGAUUCCACAGUAG